AUGGCCUCCGUGCAGGGGCAGCCCGUCGCCCAGGGCGGCCCCCGGGAGCCCAAGCGGCUGGAGGCCGGGGGCGAGGACUGGUGCGACAGCGGCCUGGGCUCGCUCAGCGAAGGGCAGCUGGUGCAGCUGCGGGAGGAUGGAGGCCUGGGGGAGCCUGGAGAAGGCGAGGGGGGGCCUGGGGCCUGCCCGGUGACCCUUGACCCCAGAGCCCCCCAGAAGCGCCUGGAGGAGGAAGAGGAGGAGGGGCGCCUGGACUCGGCCCUGGGGGGCGACGAGGGGGUGGGCGACCUGGCGGAGGGCGUGGGGGCCGUGCACCUGCAGAGCCAGGUGGCCCCCGAGGCUUGGCUGCACCACGUGCUGGCCUUUGUCACCGAGGAUGGAGACACAGCUCUCCACUUGGCUGUGAUCCAUGAACACGAAGCCUUCCUGGAUUCUAUUCUGCAAUACACCCACGGGACGGAUUACUUGGAUAUUCAGAACAACCUCGGCCAGACCGCCCUUCACAUUGCCGUCAUCCUCGGGGCGUCCGGCUUUGUUGGCAAACUUGUGUCGGCAGGAGCUGGACUGUGCGUCCAAGAGAAAGGAGGCCACACGGCAUUGCACUUGGCCUGCCGGGAAGGAUGGCGGGAUUGCGCUCAGCAGCUUCUGGCUCCGUCGCUUGCCAUCCAAAGGCCCGGUCAGGGCGACCGUUUCCGGGCCCAGCUGGAUUGCACCAAUUACGAUGGUUACAUCCCUUUGCACGUGGCCAUUCUGCGGAAAGAUUUGGACAUGGUCAGUCUCUUAAUCUCUGCCGGAUCGGAUCUCAACAAGCCGGAGCUAAGUUGUGGCCGGAGCCCCCUUCACCUGGCGGUGGAGUCCCAGAGCCCUGAAGUGGUGGAAUGCCUCUUGCGUGCAGGAGCUGACAUCGAGGCACGCAUGUACGUGGGCUACACGCCCAUGUACAGCGCCGUGCACCGGCCCGACCAAAAGAUCCCACAGCUCUUACGGGAAUUUGGCUCCGAAGAGCCGGACUGGGAUUCCGAGGAAAGUGUGGACAGUAACAGCGAGGAAGAAUACGACGACAUCGUGAUCAAUUGUGGCCACUAGAAGGGAGCCCUUUUGCCCACAACGGACUCCACGGAAAUUGCCCCAUGGGGGCAGCUGGCUAGGGUCUCUGUAGCAAUUGCAUCUUCACUGUGAGCUAGAUGUGAAAAUUAUUUAUAAAGGCCGGGACGGAAGGGGAAGCGGCCUUAUCUGGCCCGGAGGCGUCCUCCCCACCGUCCCCAUUCCGACAUG